AUAAGUGCCCAUCGCUUACACAGUCACGCUUACGAAGCGUAAAUUGGUCCACUCAGCAAAUUCUCGUCUCUUCUUCGUACUGCUUGAUGUCUUUUUGGCACAGCAUUGCGGUGUAGCCUUCCAGUGAGGCUCGCAUCGUGCACGACACUCUUUGGAGUUAAAUUUGCGUUGCGCUCGCACUCAAUCACGCAUGCAAGCUACGUCAACACUCGUAACACGACUGCGCUGCUGCACUCCCCAGAUGCUUCUGGCAAAAAAAUGGCUGCCUAUCUAGACUGCAUAGCGUCGCCGCCGUUCGUGCAAGCUCGCUAUAUGCUGUGAUGACUCGUGCAUACUUUGUUUUGUAUGACGCAUGGCCGCUUUACGCAUGCACAAAGCGAUUGCCGACAGAUUCCUUAAGCAGAGCCAACCGCGGCAUGUGGAGGCAGCGUUCGUUGCCCCGCCUGACCGUAUAAAGAGUGCGCCAGUUGACGGUGAGCAGCCACCGCACAAGAAGCUGCGUGGCCAAAACCAUAGCCGGCCACACCACCGGCCACAACCACAGUCAGCCAAGCUCUGUUUCCGGCACCUGGCCAAAGAAGGCUCCUGCCCACAUGGGGAGCAGUGUCGAUACAGCCACGACCUUCAGGCAUUCCUGUCAUCGAAGCCUGCUGACCUAGGAGACAAGUGCCCUCUAGUGGAAGCACAUGGUGGCUGCCGCUAUGGGGCUGUCUGCCGCUUUGCAGAAGCACACCCAGGGGGUGCUACUGCAGCACCCCACUCGGUCGAUGGCAUCUCCGGGACUGCGGGAGAGUGCAAUGUCUUGAGCAAAGAACUCCAACAGGCACUCAGGAAGAGGCAGUUUGACUUUGGAUCAUCCACAAAGAUCCUUGAGGAAAUAUCCGGUGGAGCUGCCGUUAAUGGAGUGACCAAUGGCCAGACAUUGAAUGAGUGUAUUGACGAUGUAGGACCUGAAGAGCCUAAGAAGAAAACCAAUCAGGAGCUUUCUGAAAAGGCGAAAAAUGCAAGAAAUGAGGUGGACUUCCGAGGAAAGCUGUACCUGGCCCCUCUGACCACGGUGGGCAACCUUCCUUUCCGAAGAGUGUGCAAGGAGUUUGGGGCGGACAUCACGUGUGGAGAGAUGGCGAUGGCUGCCAACCUGCUUCAGGGCCAGCCAUCAGAGUGGGCCCUCCUGAAGCGGCACUCCUCAGAAGACCUCUUUGGGGUCCAGCUGUGUGGAGCACAUCCGGAUGUGAUGACACGCUGUGCCCAACUGCUUAAAGAAAAAUGCAGUGUGGACUUUGUUGACAUCAAUAUGGGCUGUCCCAUUGAUUUCGUCUACAAAAAGGGGGCAGGAUCGGGGCUCAUGGGUCGGGCAAAGAAACUUUCCGAGAUUGUCUAUGGCAUGGUGGGUGCUCUGGACGUUCCCUUGACCGUGAAGAUGCGAGCAGGCAUGCACGAAGGCCGUCCCAUUGCCCACCAAGUGAUUGCCCAGCUCAUUGAGGCUCCUCGCAAGCCUGCACUCAUCACUGUGCACCCACGUUCCCGUGAACAGCGCUACACCAAGUCAGCUGAUUGGGCUUACCUGGACCGUUGUGCACAGGCAGCCAACCCUAUCCCAGUGUUCGGCAGUGGGGACGUGCUCAGUUGGGAGGAUGCUGAGAAACGGCUGUCCGAGACAUCUGUCAGUGGUCUGAUGAUUGCCAGGGGGGCCCUGAUCAAGCCUUGGAUCUUCACUGAAAUCAAGGAGAAGAGGCAUUGGGACAUCUCCUCCUCGGAGCGGCUCGCCAUUCUGCGCAAAUACACUGCCUACGGUCUCGAUCAUUGGGGCUCUGACACAGAGGGUGUUGAACGGACACGAAGAUUUCUCCUGGAGUGGCUGUCAUUCCUCCACAGAUACAUUCCUGUGGGCCUCCUUGAAGUUCUCCCGCAGAAGAUCAAUGAGAGGCCACCGCCAUACCGUGGCCGUGAUGAUCUGGAGACUCUCUUCGCCAGCCCAUCAUGUGCAGAUUGGCUGAAAAUCAGUGAAAUGCUUUUGGGACCUCUACCUGAAGGAUUCAGCUUCCUGCCCAAGCAUAAAGCCAAUGCCUACUCAGUAUAGUGAAUUAUACGUGUCACCUGUAGUCUGCAGGUCAGAAGAGUUCCAACUCUGCAGCUGUGUACAGUGAUAUGAUACAACCCUGUUCAUAUAUAGUGUAAUUUCAAGUGCUUUGUUAUAUGUCCAGCAUUGAAAAUGGACGUUGUUGAUCUAACGUUAAUUUAGACUUCAUCAUUGUUUGAUUUCAUGGUCAUAAUGUGAAUAAAGAAAGGAGUUAUCACAGCAGCACCCAUGUUGUUCUACUGGCUGCUGCAAGAACUCAAAAA